GUACUAUUUGACCAUUGCACAAAUUUCAUCACUUGGUUACCCGUAAUGUUUGUAUCGGUUGUUCUCGUCAACAUCGGAGUUCUCCACACAACAACUACUGAAACUUUUUAUUGGAAUCUUAUACAUCACGUUUCGUGCUUGUUUAAAAUUGUUAGACAACAAAUAUCGGAACUGGAUGGAAUCGAAAACAAAAAUAAAUUUCAAGAGAAGUUAUCGUUUAUUGUAGAAAUCCACGAAGUCGCUUUUAGAAGUUGCCGACGUUUGGAAACGGCCCUCUUCGCCUUGUUGGGCUAUUUGUACACCUCAUGUAUCGUGCAGAUCUGCUACUUGAUGUUCAUUUUUUCCAUAAUUCGAGACGAUCUCUCACUACUCUCGAUGAUGGGCAUUGCUGUGCAGUACAAUAUUUUUUUGAUCUUUGCAUUUUCCAUGCUCGGAACGGAACUCAUCGAAGCGAGUUUGUCGGUAGCCGAUGAAGUUUACAACGUUCGCUGGUAUGAAAGAUCCCCGGAAGAAAGACGACUCCUGUUGAGCAUCCAGAUGCGUUCGCAAAUUGAAGCUUCGAUGACGGCCGGGAAGUUUUUCUGCGUAAAUCGGGCAACCUUUGCAAUGGCAAUGAAAACUGCGUUUUCAUAUUUUACAGUAAUCCAUCAAUUUUAUGAACAACAAUGA